AUGGUGAAACAAUCCAGCUACGCUCCAAUUCCAGGAAGUGUCAUCACUUCUCAGCCAGGAAUACAGGAUGCUGAGAUCCGUCCAUUCGGCAGCAGCGAUCCAGAAGUGUCGGCCAAGGAGAAAUGCAGUACAUGCUGCAGAAGCUGUCUGGAAUAUUCAGCCAAGCCGUUCAUCACCAUCUACAAGUACUUGGAGUACCGUUACAACUACACUCGUGCUAUCUGCGGAUGGGAGAGACGAGGGGAGGGAGAUGAAUAA